GCACUGGCUGGCACUGAUAGGUGACACUGAAAGGCAGCUCAGAUGAGCACUGAUAUGUGGCAUUGAUGUGCACUGGUAGGCACUGAUAUGUGGCAUUGAUGUGGCACUGAUGGGUACUGGCAGGUGGCACUGAUUAGCACUGACAGCUGGCAUUGAUGGACACUGACAGGUGGCACUGCUGGGGCUACACUGAUCAUCAGAGCACACUGAUCAUCAGUGCCCUGAUGAUCACUGAUCACAUGACCAAGCCGAAAUCUUUGGCUCUUUCCGUUGAUCGGUGAUCCGCUGUGUCUGAGGGACA